AUGGAUGGUUUUUCUGUGUUUCGCUUUUUCGUUUGUCGAAGCGCAAAAGCGUGUUGCCGCGGAGAAAUUCGUGUUACUUCAGAAUGUGAAGUGGGAAGCCUUAAAAGAAGAAAAAACAGGACACGGAAAAAACAAGUCCUGGAAAGAGUGAAGGAAUGUAAGGAAAAAGUGGCUUCAGGGAAGACUGUGGAAAAGGGUUUAACAGAAGAGAAGGGUCUAAAUUCUGCUAAGAUGAUUGAGUUUCUGAUUGGAUUGGGAUUAACGGGCUUUGGUAUAGUUUUUUCAUUCCUUGGUGUUAUCUUCUUCUUUGACAAGGGCUUGCUAGCAAUGGGCAAUAUCCUCUUUGUUUCUGGAGUAUCCCUAACCAUUGGACUUAAAUCCACCAUGCAAUUCUUCAUGAAACGUAGUAAUUUCAAGGGAACCAUUUCUUUUGGUAUUGGAUUCUUUAUUCUUCUCUUGGGGUGGCCUAUUCUUGGCAUGAUUGUGGAGUCUUAUGGAUUCAUC